GAGAAAAUAGAUAAUUCACUCAAUGAAUUGCUCAUGAGUAAUUGGUAUGUUGUAGUAUUAUCUGUUCAAUCUAGAAAAGAAGGCUUUCUCUUUUUAAAUGGAUGAAAUUUCAGACGUUGACAUCGAUGGCAAUGGUCGAUUUAAAUAUAUUUUGGUAAAAAUUAAGCAGGGAAGUGAACAGAAGUACAUAGUUCGUGGAUACAGCAGGGCAGCUUAUCAUGCUGACAUUUAUGAUGAAAUUUUACCUCAAAUAAGGAAUCUUGGUUUACACUCAGAGUGCUUGGGUGGGGGACGUAUUGAGCACAAUCAAGAAGAUGGAAAAAUUUUAAUAUAUGGUUACUCUGUGGGGUUUGGACAAGCUGAUCACAAAAUUAGUACAGAAAUUCUUAGAAAGUAUUUUCCAAACUAUAAAUCAAUCACAUUUUCUAACGAAGGCUACUAAUUUAUGAUUUAUAAAAUCUUCCAUCUGCAAUCGACAAUAAUUAUUAAUAAAGUUUGUCUUUAA